UGAAUCUUAGAACACCCAAACGUUGCAUUUUAGUAGGUUAGAUCCUAAAUAUCAGGCAACCUGUACCGAUUCAUUGUAAACUGAUUGAGACGCUGACACCCCCCUCUGCAUUGCAUUGUGUUCUCUUUGGUACAGUCUUUGAGUUCGCGCGAAGUGAAAUCCGAAAAAAAUGUGUUGACAUUAAAGUAGGCUACUCUAUUUGCUAGAGAUGGGCAAAUGUCGGUUCAAUCCGUCGUGGGUACACGACCCUAAGUAUAACUGGGUUCAGCCUGUGCCAGGGAAUGUGUGGGAGGCACAGUGUACUUUAUGCAGAAAAACCUUCAAACUUGGGACCAUGGGGCAUAUAGCCUUGAUCUCCCAUAUGAAGAGUGCUAAGCACACAAAAUUGGUUGAAGUGCGUUCGAGCCAGGCACCGAUAGCAACUUUCUGUGUGCCACCUUCAGUGCAGUCUACCUCCGUGGCUAGCGCUACACCACUGCAGCAGGUACCACUGUCAGGGUUACUGUGCGGGUCAACACCAAUUCUGCAGGCAGAGGUAAUAUGGACUCUUAGGACAGUAUACGAACACCACUCCUACUCCUCCAAUGAGGGCAUCACCGAUGUAUUCAAAUGCAUGUUCCCUGACUCUCAAAUCGCGGCAACAUUUUCAUGCGGGAGCAACAAGACAGCGUAUCUUACGAAGUUCGGUCUCGUCCCUUUUAUCAGUAAGGAGCUCACCGAGCAGGUAAACCAGGCUGUUGGUUUUGUGCCAAUGUUGGACGAAAGCCUCAACAAAAGCACAAAAACCAAACAGCUUGACAUCCAUCUCCGCUACUGGGACGGUGACCGUGUUCGAUCACGAUAUUUUGGCUCGCAGUUCAUGGGCCAUGCAAAGGCGGUGGACCUUCUCAGUAAUUUCAAGGAGUGUUUACGUGACCUUGAUUUGAGGAGGAUGGUCUCUUUGUCCAUGGACGGACCCAACGUCAAUUGGCGUUUUCUUGAGAUGCUGCAGACGGAGCAUGCUGAGCAUUUUGGGGGUGCCCAGUUGGUUGUAGUGGGAAGUUGUGGGCUACACACUCUACAUAAUGCUGUCAAAUGUGGAUUCACUGAGUGGCAUAUGGAGAAGUUCUUAAGAGCUCUUCAUACUAUUUUUCACAAUGUGCCAGCAAGAAGGGAGGAUUUUUGCAAUCUUACAGAGUCCAAAACCUUUGCUUUGCCUUUCUGUGGUCACCGCUGGAUCGAGAACCUCCCAGUAGUGCAGAGAGCCAUUGAGAUCUGGCCUGACAUGAAGAAAUAUGUUGAUGCUGUUACAACCAAGAAGCUCCCAAACCCUGGAACGUCUUCUUAUGACACCAUCGAGGUGGCAACCAAAGACCCUCUUAUUUUGGCAAAGCUGCAUUUUUUCAUGGCAGUUUCACGAAGUGUGACACCCUUCUUGACAAAGUAUCAAACGGAUGAACCUGUGCUUCCAUUCUUUGCCAAUGACUUGGCUGAAUUACUGAAGAAUUUGCUGAGGCGAUUCAUCAAGCGAGAGCUACUGACUGAUGUCACACCUCAGCACUUGGUACGGCUUGAUGUCACUGACAAGCAGUCGAGGGUGCAUCCAAAGGCAGUGGACAUCGGCAUUGGUGCAGAGACUGCCAUAAAGGAACUCCAACAGCGGAGUAAAUCCUCAGAGGAACUUUCCAUCCUACAUUUUCAAAACCAAUGCAUGGAGUGUCUAUCCAAAAUGGUCCAGAAGAUUCAGGAGAGGAGCCCUUUGAAGUUUCCGAUUGUUAGACAAUUAACUUGUCUGAACCCAGCCUUUAUGUACAGCAACCCUGAACUGUGUCAGAAACAGAUGAAGAGCAUAGUCAGGAAGUUUCUACAAGACAGACAGUUGGAUGGAGGAGUUGCUGCUGGUGAUCUGAUCACCCAGAAGUUCUCAGAGAUGCUGUCCGUGGAGGUCCGAACUGAAGAAUUUCAGUCCUUCCAGCCAUUCAAGAAAAGACUGGAUGUCUUUCUAAGCAACAUCAUCAGUGAGACCUACCCACAACUUUGGUCCUUUAUCCAGAAGCUUCUACUUCUAUCACACGGGCAGGCAACAGUUGAGCGGGGCUUUUCGGUGAACAAAGAAAUUGAAACUGCUAACAUUCACGAAGACACCGUUGUAGCGCAGAGAAUCGUCUGUGACUACAUCUCUCUCCAUGGAGGGGUUACCAAGGUCCCCCUCACGCCAGCCCUGCUUUCCUCGGUCUCAUCUUCCAGAGCAAGAUAUAGAAUUCAUCUUGAGACGGAGAGAAAAAAGAGAGAAUCUCAAGCAGAGUCAGAAAAACGAAAGGCCAUUGAGGAGAACCUGGAGCAACUGAGAAAGCACAGAAGAUCCAUCAAGGAGGUAGCCGAACAUCUGCUCAGGGAUGCUGAUAAGUUGGCAGACCAGGCUGAAGCCAAGCAAGCAGGCAGCAAGAUGGCGGAGCUAAUAGCAAAAUCGAAUGCCUUUAGAAGGAGCCACAAGGAAAAGAUGGCUGAACUCAUUAAACUGGACGAACAGAUUGCUGCCAAAAGAGCUGAGCUCCAAAAGCUGUAGGAUCUAUUGAAAUGCACACAGGCACACCCACAGACGAAUGCAGGCACACGCACACACAAACACACACACACACGUACACCCCUCACAGUUAUUGUUUUAAAUGGUUCUUAAAUUAAUGACUUAAAUACAGUGUAGACAGGCUGUAGGUUACUUUGGGAAAAAACAUCCAUACAAAGGCGCACCCACAGACGUGUGCAUGUGCAUACAUGCACUCCUCACACAGUUAUUGUGUUUAAAUAUGGUGAAUGUUAUGUUGAAGCAGAUCUUUGAAAGCUGUUGUCCUCAGAGCAUAUUGUUCAUUAAAGUUAUUUAUUUGAU